UGAUCUUGCUUGUUGCACACCUGUCGAAGGAGAUAUAUAUAUACCAAGGAUCGUUAAUGCACACAUCAUAAAAAUACAAAGAAAAAAUAUAAUAAAAGAAAAAAAGGAACAGGAAAAAAGUUAACAUAAAAAUAUCAGGUAACUUCACUAACGAUAACAGCAACAGCAUCAACAUCAAUAGCUAUCACAACAUUAACAGCGAUAACGAAACGCAAUACAAACAUAAAAUACCGACGCAAAGUUUGCAUUGUAAUAUUACAUUAUUUUUAUCGGUGUCAUUGAGUUUGUUGUUGUGUGGAUGUAGUGGCUAGCAUCAUCUUCAUAGACGGUUUACGCCUACCUUUACGUUGCAUUGAAAUUUUGUUUUUGUUCGUGUGUGUGUGUGUGUGUGAGUGUGUGUGUGUGUGAGUGUGUGCGUGUGUGCGUGCGUGUGUGUGUGUGCGUGAAUGAAAAUCCUGAAUGUGUUUAUAUAGGUGUCCUUUGAAAAAUUGUAAUAUUUCUAGAUUUCUCACGUGGAUUUUACACAAACAUACACACAUAUCCAAUAACUCUCUCAAAGACGUUCACGCGUAAGCAAGCAGGCGCAAACACACACACACACGCAGACAGACAGACAUACAUACACACACACGUGCGCGCGCACGCGCAGACACAUAUACACACGCAGACACACACACACACACGAUGCGCAGACGCAUUUUCUCGCAAAAACAGUAAAUACAAUUAUAUAUCCAAAAAUAGAGUACGACUAAUUACACAUACAUCCAUACAUACAUAUAUAUGCAAGUACAUAUAUUCACUCAUACGGACACACAUAGCUACCGAGAUAAAUAUAGGUAGAUAGAUAGGUAGAUAGAUAAAUAGAUAGAUAGAUAGAUAGAUAGAUAGAUAGAUAGAUAGAUAGAUAGAUAGAUAGAUAGAUAGAUAGAUAGAUAGAUAGAUAGAUAGAUAGAUAGACAGACAGUCAAAUAUAUAGAUGAAACGCAUGAAGAAUCUUAUUCAUUGAUAAGCACUUAGUUAAAUAAAUAAGUGUAUAUAUAUUUUUAAUUGCAGAGAAUCAUGAAUUUGUGUAGACAUAAAUUCAAAAUGACCAUAACAACGGAUGGCAGGCAUUAAAGAUAUCUUAAAGAAUUAAAGAAUUUUUGCAAAAGAAUUUUAUAACAACAUAAAGAAUAACAAUUACGCGAUGAACAGAAGUGGAUUACAAAUAACAUAAAAAUAACUAAGGAAAUAUAUACCAGCAGCAACGAGAGCAAGAAACAAAGUAGUCUUACAUCAAAGGUGAAAGGUAGAUGUAUAUAUAGUAAAGAGAGAGAUAUAUUUCAGUCUCGGCGAGAGGGAUACUGGAAAGUUGGUGCUGAAAUGUAAACAGCUAUGGCAGAAGUGGUACUGGACAGUUUAUUUAAAGGAGAUCGCUACACCACCAACAUCAUCAUCAGCAAUACGUAUAACAGUGCUAACUCUACCGCCACUAUCACCACUAAUAACAACACCAAAAACAUUAACACCAACAAUAAUAAGAUUAAAAACAAAAACAACAACAAACGCAAUAACAAUAACAUCCAUAUAAAACAGAUUAAAAAUAACAUUGGAUGCAAUAGCAAGUACAAAGAUUGGAAUCACAACAAAAUUAGAGACACAACCUACAGCAAAGACCACAAUAAUUGUUAUCAUAUCAGUAAGAACUACCACUCGUCCACCUCUGAUCAUUUCCCCUACGUUUCUGACUGCAGCAACAAUAACAACAAUAAUUACUGUUCCUAUAACGACAAUAACAAAGAAGAAAUACAGCGAGUCAAGCGUGACAACAAUUACAACAUCAGAAAGACAAAUACCGGUAACAACAACGACAACGACGGCGAUAGUAACAACACCAACACCGCUAAAAGUGAAAGUAGCAAUCAUAAAAAUAAAAGUGGACAAAACAAGGUAGAUAAAAGCGAUCUAAACAACACUUACAACAAUAAAACGAACAGGGACCCAAGUAAUUUGAGUAAGAGCGUUAUCAACUACAGCAACGACGACAUCUACGGCACCCUUAAAGACGUCAAGCAAAACGACUAUAACAGCUUCAAAUACACAAACAACAAUAUUAACAAUACCAACCGUUUCUAUUUCCAAGACAACGAUAACAAAUAUUUCAAACAAUACAGUCACCACACCGACCACAGUCACAACAAAACCUUAGAUAAUUGUAUAGAAUUCAUAAGAGAAGACAACAACAAAAGUAAGGGCAUCGUUAAACGUAGUGGCUACCACGACAGUGAGUGUUAUAUCAAAUACAUCAAACACGAACUCAGCAAGGCGAAUACGAAUAGUGACAACAACAAUUACAAUAACAAAAGCAAUAACAUCAACAACGAAAAUAAUAACAAUCACUGCACCGACGCCUUCGACAACAAUAACAGCAUCGACAGUAAUAUUGACCGUGUAAAAAGUAACACACACCGAUAUACAACCGUUAGCGGCAAUUACGUACACGACAACAGAAUUAUCAACAGUAAUAAUAUUUACAACUACCCCCAGCAAAGCAACUACCACGAACACCUUCACCACCACCGCCACCACCAACCACCACCACCAUCACCACCACCACCGUCACCACUGCCGCCACCACCAAUACAACAACAUCAACUUACAUCACGAAAGCAAUAGUAGAAACAAUAAAAUCAAUCUUAACUAUAACAAUAACAAGCUCAACAACAAUAUAUACAACUCCUAUAGUCAUAACUCUCACAACAACAAUAACUACGAUUAUUACUAUUACUACUACUACUGCCACUAUUAUACAACAAUAACAAAUACAAGCUAACUAAGGGACAUUUCCAAGGCAAAGAAAAAGAAACGGGGAUAGAUACCGCAAUAUGUGAAAAUGGUAGAUAGAUCAAUAGUGAACAUGACAGAUGCUUUUCCAGACAGGUAUUUCAUGAAUAUGGAGCAAGACAAUGGCUUAGAGUUAUCAUGACAGUGAAAUCUUGCCUUGAAAUGUUUUGCUCAUAGCUCGAGUCAUUCAAACUUGCUUCAAGUGUAUCAUUUAAAAUUCCAGACUAUGGCAAUGCACAAUUCACCGUAUACAACUUGGAGUAGUGCGAUGGAUCUGAAUCAGGCUACAUUAGAUCUCCAAGAUUAUCCUCGAACAGGAAUGAAUAGCACUUUUCCUGCUUUCAAUGAUUCGAAUAAAUGCGAUGAAAUUCUAUCAUAUUUGGCAGAACCACCUCUACAACUAUGUUUCUGGGUUAAAUUUGCUCUAGGUUUUUUCCUCAGUUGCUUGGCUGGACUAACUAUUUCUGGCAACUGUUUAGUAAUUGCAGCAGUAUUAACACACAAUCACUUGAAAAGUUACACAAAUGCCUUUGUUGUCUCCUUAGCCAUUUCAGACACGCUUGUCGGCGGCGCCGUUAUGCCCUAUGCCAUCAGACAGUUAAUGUGGGAUAACCACUGGGGACAUGGCCUCAUUCUGUGUCGUAUCAUCAUCUGCUUAGAUGUAACAUUCACAACAACAUCCAUCUUUCAUCUGGUCUGUUUAGCUGGAGAUCGCUAUCUUGCAAUUUGUCGACCAUUUCAGCAUCAGAAAGUAAAAAAGAGACAUGUAGUUAUUUCUAUAAUCCUUUGUUGGACUGUACCACUGCUAAUUUCGUUUGUUCCUAUCGCCAACGAAUGGAAUUUGAAAGGCAUAGAGGCAAUAUAUGAAUGUAUAGCUCCACCUGGUAGUGAUACGUGUGUUUUUCUUGUUAACAAAGCAUUUGCGUUUACGUGCUCAGCUGUAGCCUUUUAUAUUCCGUCCGCCUUCCUCGUAAUGUGCAACGCACAGAUUUAUACAGCGGCCAAAAGACAGGCAAAACAAAUAAGGACGCUUGAGCAAGCAAUCAUUCAGAACAAAAACAAACGGAAAGCUUUCAAACACGAAGCAAAAGCUGCUAAAACGUUAGGAAUAAUAAUGGGUUGCUUCUGUGUUUGUUGGUGCCCAUUUUUCAUUAUAAACGUUAUUGAUGCUAUUAUCCAGUACCAAACCCCCUACUACUUAUGGCAGGUGGCAGUUUGGCUAGGAUAUAGCAACUCUACAAUGAAUCCUUUUUUAUUUUAUUUUUUUAAUCGAUCAUUCCGAAUAGCAUUCCGUCGGAUUCUAAGAAUGAAAACGAACCACGGAACAGUGGCACAAUGUGAUGAUUUGACCACUGCCGCAGCAGGUUCUCAAGGUUCUGACAUCAAUUGUAGGUAUUUUCCAGCUCAAACAAAUGGAUUUGAAUACGAAUGUAUAUAUAUAUAUAUUAUAUAUAUAUAUAUAUAUAUAUAUAUAUAUAUAUAUAUAUAUAUAUAUAUAUAUAUAUACCCAGUCAUAUUUACAGAUGUAGGUUUUGUGAAAUCUUUAUAUUUGGUGCCAUGAUAUUCCAUGGUGUUCCUGAAAACAAAUGGCUUUGAGAACAUGCGAUUAUAUUCUCUCAUUCAAUCUAAAGUGGACUCCAACUUUAACUGAUUAAAGUAUUCUGCUACUAGAAUCACGGCUCAGAUAGUUAAUCUGUUGUAUUUCUGAAGGAAAACAACUGUAUUAAACAGAAACUUUUCCCCAUUUGUUUCUUUUAUCUCAGUCAAUGAUUUCUGCUUCAUCAUAUACACUACAAUGGGAGCAGUAUAUCCUAUUUUUUAGCCUUUCUUAGCGUCAAUCCAAUCAACAGAAAUACACAGAUUUAUCCCACUAAAUCACAUACACUCUCUGCUCUAAUUCUAAAACAUCAUUCGAAACAAACUUUGCUUCAUUAUUAUUGGAGAGGGAGGGAUUAAAUUAAGUUAUUUUGAUGAGUACUUAACAUCUAUAUUAACGAAAUUUCAUUUGAGGUUUGAAUUUCUUCACCUUAGAAAUUUGACUGGGAAAAUCUGGAAACGCAAAAUUUGUUGGUAAAAGAGCUGAAAUGAUUACAAGAUGUCUUAUAGGACUGGGUUUCUACAUCAGUGAAACAGAAACAUUAUUGAAAAUAAUUUCGUGCAUUCAGACAGUCCCUUAGUACAUUCAAACAUGCAACCAUUUAAUAUGCAGAGACUGAUUUUGAUAUAUAUAUAUA